CCACCCCCCCUACCCACAGCAACACGAUACCGGAGACGAGCGGUCCAAACAAGCCUGCAAAUAAAUGAGGCGUUCCCAUCCGCCCAGCCUGUCUGCCUGUCUGUCUGUCUCUGUCUUCCUAACGGAGCUCCAAAGCGUCUAGGACGAGCCCAGUCGACCGCCCCGAGGAAGAUCAGCUCCAGAGAUAUACGUUGCCUCCCCCACCCGCCUGCUUACAAGCUCCCGAGUGCUUUUUUUCUCUCUCUCGCUCUCUCGUGUGCGGAAAGGCGGAAAACUCACUGCGUUUGGAAGCAUUCCUCUCUUUAAGACCGAGAAAUAAGCUGGGACGCCGAAGGGGAGGACGAACUCGCUAGCAGUUGGCUAACGUCGGCGAGCUUCCAUAGCAUUUAGCCAUCUAUAGCCAAGCUAAUUGGCUAACGUGUAAUUACACGGGAACGUCCUGUUUGUAGAGUCGAUGGGCACCCGAGAAUGGUGUAUGGAUAAUUCCGCGGAGUAUGUGUCGUUUUAAGCGACAUUUUUCGUCUUUAGACAAGUUUUUUUUCAGCGGGAGACUGCCGUCCAGUGGAUAGCAUGUCAGCUUGUAGAGAGAUGGCUUGUUUCUGCAAUCGCGCUUUAUAUACGCCAAACAACUUCAUCGCAUAGGUUUCAUGCGGGAAUCAAACACGGGACGACGUUAACUUGUUUACUCCAACUUGACGGUACAGCGAGCACCAAAUGUAUAGCUUUGUGCCAGGACGAGCAUUUCGACUAAUUGUGCCGAACCGAGGACCGAGGCAAGAAACAUUAAUGUGGUAACUGCAAAAAAAAAAAAAGGCGAGGACCCGAAAGUACAUCAAGUGUGUGGAUUAGCUCCAAGUGAAAGACCAAAGUCGAUCUAUACGAUCAUGCCCGUGGGCCGAACUACAACCAUGCAGUGUCUUGCAAAAUUUUGUUUUUGCCUGGCUCUUCUCCUUACUCCAGUGGCUGCGGCACAGGGCGAAGAGCGAGAGUGUGCCUUCACAGACCAGGAGCAGCAGUCGGAGGUGGAGCGAGUGGUGGGGGGCGAGGGCCGAGUCUCGCCAGAGAAUACCACCAUCCGAUGUGCCAAGGGCAGCAACUGCUUCGGCUUGUGGGAGAAAAGUCCACCAGGCGAAGUCCGUCUGGUCAAACAAGGUUGUUGGACCUACCCUAGCGACUACCAAAAAUGUCGCGAUGACCGCUGCGUGGUGAACAACCUGUCGCCGCAGACCCAGAACGGGACGUACCACUUCUGCUGUUGCGGAAGUGACAUGUGCAAUGUCAAUUUCACAGAGGACUUCUCGCCUCCCAGCCCCGCCACUGCACAGCCCAUCUACCCUCACACUCUGCGCUAUGAAGAGACAAUAAUCAUCGCCCUGGCAACCGUCUCCGUGCUGGCCGUCAUCGCGGUAGCUGCUUUCUUUGGUUACCGCAUGAUGCGUGGAGACAGUAAGCAAGGUCUUCACAAUCUGAACAUGAUGGAAGCUGCUGGCUCCGAGAGCUCUUUGGACCUGGAUAAUCUCAAACUGCUCGAGCUGAUUGGCCGGGGUCGAUACGGCGCCGUCUAUUGCGGCUCCCUCGACGAGCGACCUGUCGCCGUCAAGGUUUUCACCGCCAGCAACCGCCAGAACUUCCUCAAUGAAUGCUCCAUCUACCGGCUGCCACUACUGGAGCACGACAACAUCGCCUCCUUUGUGGCUGCUGAUGAGCGGUCGGGCCCGGAGGGGCGUACCGAGUACCUGCUGGUCAUGGAUUACUACCCCCACGGCUCGCUGAGUCGCUACCUGAGCGUUCAGACCAACGACUGGGUCAACAGCUGUCGGCUUGCUCAUUCUGUCACUCGGGGAUUGGCGUACCUGCACACUGAACUCUUCAAAGGAGACAUGUACAAGCCAGCGGUCUCCCACCGGGACCUGAACAGUCGGAAUAUUCUCGUCAAGGCCGAUGGCACUUGCGUCAUCAUCGAUUUCGGGCUGUCCAUGAAGCUGACGGGCAACAGGCCGGCGCGUCACGGGGAGGAGGAAAACGCUGCUAUCAGUGAGGUGGGCACCAUCCGCUACAUGGCACCAGAGGUGUUGGAGGGAGCCGUGAAUCUGAGGGACUGUGAGUCGGCCCUGAAACAGGUGGACAUGUAUGCUCUGGGCCUGGUCUACUGGGAGACCUUCAUGAGAUGUACCGACCUUUUCCCCGGCGAAUCGGUGCCAGAGUACCAGAUGGCCUUCCAGGCGGAGGCCGGGAACCACCCGACGUUCGAGGACAUGCAAGUGCUGGUGUCGAGGGAGAAACAGCGGCCCAAAUUCCCAGAGGCCUGGAAAGAGAACAGCUUGGCGGUUCGCUCUCUCAAGGAGACGAUGGAGGACUGCUGGGACCAGGAUGCGGAGGCCCGCCUGACAGCCCAGUGCGCCGAGGAACGGCAGGCCGAGCUGCUCCUCAUUUGGGACCGCUCCAAAUCGGUCAGCCCCACGCUCAACCCCAUGUCGACCACUCUGCACAACGAGAGAAACCGGGUCACCCCCAAGUCUGGCCCGUACGCUGAGCAUUCCUCCACUUAUAUCGAAGAACACGAGGGCGUGGCCAAAAACACGCAGUCCGAUCCCACCAGCUCCGCAGGUGGCCGAUUGGGGGGCGGGACCGGAGAGAGGAACAGGAACUCCAUCAACCAAGAGCGCCAGCAGCAAGCGAACGCCCGGAUGCCCAGCCCGGAGGGGAGCAGCACCAGCGGGGCUUGCUUGGGUCUCAGAGGGAGCCCCUCGGCCUCGACCACAACCACCACGAUCAUUUCGGAGUCCGAGGGGCCAUCGGGCAGCGCCGCGGUCCCCGUCUGCCUCCACCUAACCCAAGAAGACCUGGAGACCACCAAGCUGGACCCCAAAGAGGUGGACAAGAACCUGAAAGAGAGCUCAGACGAGAACCUGAUGGAACACUCGCAGAAGCAGUUCUGCUCGCCGGACCCGCUGAGCCCCGGGAGCUCCAGCUUGCUGUACCCCCUCAUCAAGAUGGCGAGCGAAGCCUCGGGCGCCUCCGAGCCGCCCCCCGCCGUUCCCACCGCCGUCUUCCCUCUGCCCAAGCAGCAGAACCUACCUAAAAGGCCGUCGAGCUUGUCCCUGCGUAGCAAGUCGGCCAAGAAGGAGUCGUCGUCCUCUUCCCUCAGGUUCAAGUUCGGGCGAUCGGGGAAGUCCAACCUGCGGCAGGUGGAGGGAUCCAAGAUCAACGGCGGCGCGGUAACGGGCCCCAACGUGGAUGCGGAAGCUCAUCGAGGCGCGGGUAUCAACAACAUACCGGCCCUGCGAGAGGCUCGCGCCAACGGCGGCGUCAACGGCCCCGUCAACGGUCACAACACGGGCGCGGUCGCUUCCGCGGCCGUCGGCGGCGCGUCGGGCGUCAUCGCCAAUGGAAACGGAGCGUUGCGGUCCGACGACGGCCGCCUCAGCCUCGGCGUCAUCACGGCCAGCCCGGACGAACACGAGCCGCUGCUGAGCCGCGAGCCGCCGGAUCCCGGGGACGCGUCAUCUUCCGGCGUGGCGGCGUUGCGCUCGGCCCGACCCAACACCAACAACAACAACAGCAACACGGGCCGCGGCCGGGGCGACGGCGAGAGCGGAGGCGAGAGCGAAGGAGGCGGCGACGAGGAUACGGAAGGAGUUGGCGGGGCUCCGACGGGGCCCCCGGGAGAAGGCGCCGGUGCCUCGCACUCUCCGAUGAGCGUCACCAUGCGAGACGAGUACCCGCUCAGGCAGCCCCGAGUCCGCAGACCAGAGAGACCAAACUCCUUGGACCUGUCCUUCACCACACAAGACUUGGCCUCGUUAGGCGACAGCUUGGGGCACCCGGACAGCGCUUUGGGCAACGGCGAUAAGAUCAAGAAACGAGUCAAGACGCCAUAUUCGCUGAAGAAAUGGCGGCCGACCACGUGGGUCAUCUCAACAGACGCCAGGGGGCUCGAGGUCAACAACAAUAACAACGGCGGCUCAGGCCGGGGCGGCCAAGGUCGCGGCCACAACCGGCCCAAGUCCGCUUCGGCCAUCUACCUGCGGGGCGGAGACUUGGUCGGCGAGCGCGGCGACACGCAUGUGUGAGCAGAACUCAAUUAACCCACUGAGCUGUUUUUUUUGUUUGUUUUUUUGGGGGUGGGGUUCUCGGCUCCGAAUCAGCAAGAGGAAGCUACGGGGAAUCGUGGCCUAAGAGUCGAAUCCGAUGUACAGUCCACUAAUUAAGGUCUCCCUGCUGUCUGUCUUUUCCGAUGACGUCAUUUGCUUUCGAUGCAAUCCAAGCUAUGCAGCGUUCUCUCCCGCUCGUCCAUUUCUUAUUCUCUGUCCCCAUAAAGCAUCAACGUGUGAAUUAUUUGGGUUGUUUUUUUUUUUUCUACGUGCACUUUGAGCCGAUGAGAUCGGCGUUCGGUCCCGCCCUUGCCCGUCGCGACCAACGGCGCCGCACGGAUUUCAAUCAUGCGCUCUUGUUUGUUUUUAUUCAAGCACACCGCCCUGUUGAAAAGAAGAAACUGUCUUAAAAGAUAAGAACAAACUUUUUAUUUGAUUUUUUUUUUUUUUUUUGUGUAUGCAAGAACUGUCGUUGUGGACUCUCCAUGUUUUGGACUAUCCAUCAUCACCCCGAGUUUUAAUUGUGCAAUAGGAUGUAGCUUUCAGAUGCUUUUCAUGUUUUAAUUGUUUCGACUUGUGUUUUGUUGUUGUUUUUAACCUUCAAUCAUAUUUUAAAUAUGUCAAUCAAUCUCCUUUGCACUUAUGAUUAAUCACAAUCUUCAACCUUGCCCCCCCCCCCCCCCCCCCCCGCCCCCAACCCCAGCCUGAAGCGGAAAAACAAAUGACAAUCCUUCAGUUUCCGUCUCUGGGGAAUCAUCUUGAGGGGGGGGCACGAACAAUCGAGCUCAUCUGAGUGGUUGAAAAUAUUGCGACCCCCCCCCCACCCCCCCUCAACUCCCCAUCCUCUUUCCACACAAUCGCACCAUGAAUUGUUUUUAAACUCAAUCUAAGGCUCUUGUCUCAGUGUCACCUGACUUCAUGUUUGACUUUAUGUAUGUGACUGAAUUAUAACCAGAAGAUGAUGAAAAGAAAAAAAAAAAGUCCUAGAAAAAAAAAAGAAAAUAAAGACAGACAGACACAAAUAAUACCAAACCCCCUUCCAAGGCACGCUGAAUAUUAUUUGUGCUUCUACUGGUCGCAUCGCUUAAUGUUUGAAUGGCUGGUUUGACAAGAUGUUGGUUUUGUUUAAAGUAAAUUUUGUUUUGCUGGAGUCCAGCGCUGUACAGUCUCUGUAUGUCGUACUCAUUCUGUAGUCUCGGCGCCACUUCAGGAUCGACGAAAAGAGAUCUCAUUUUAUUAUGUUUUUGUAAUCUGUAAUUUGUAUUCAAGAAAAAAAAAAAGAAAGAAAACACUAUUAUUGCAUUUAUUUGUAUAUUUUUAAUGGGGAUCCUGUGUUGCAUUCAAUGGACAUGGAGGACCUUUGAUUCCAUCGCUUCACGUUUGCUUGAUACAAUUUCCUGAAACCUUUUCAAGACACUAUGGAAGAAAAAAAUCUCAAUAAAUGUAUGAAAACUUG